AUGGCCAUUGUAACCGGAGGUGAAUCAGCAUCUUGUUUAACUGAAGAGAUGAAAGCUACAAUUUCCGAGGAAGUCGGAAAAGCUUUAGAAGCUAGUCUACCGCAGUUUAUCGAUCGACUACAAACCACACUCUUAUCAAUCAUGGAUGAUAAGAUGAACAAAAUGAGCGACAGAGAUACGGGUAAAUCGAAAGUUUGUCCAUAUAAUAAAUUUAUGGCAUGCAAACCCCCGAUCUAUAAUGGUGAAGUUGAUCCGAUCGUUUGUCAACGAUGGAUUAGCGACAUCGAAGGGGUGUUCGAAAGAACCCAUUGUGAUGAGACUGAUUUCAUGGCAUACGGAACCGGUCAAUUAAGAGGCCAAGCUAAGGAUUGGUGGGAUAAUCUAAGGAAGGAACAUAGAAUCAAGGCCACGAGAAUGAUGAUGUGGGAAAAAUUCAAGACACCACCCCUUAGAUACUAUAGCCCGAAAGCCAUGAUCAACAGGAUUAAAGAGGAGUUUAUUCAGCUGAGGCAUAGUGGUGAGUCGAUAGAAAAGAUUACGGGAAUACUUCUCGACAAGCUCAUGUUUUGUACUAAGCUGGUUCAAACUGAAGAACAUAAGAUAUACUAUCACUACAAUAUGCUAAGUGCGGAAUAUCGGGAGUUUAUUACUCCUUCAAAAUACGGGCAUCUUACAGAGAUAGUGAAUGCCGCACGUGAAAGAGAGAUCGAGCUGAAGAAGCAGAUCGAAAGGGGUGAAAGGAGGGUGUUUGAUAUAAACCCAAGCCCUGCAAAGAAACCAAAGCCGAAUGAAACUCCUAAGAAGGGAAUUGCAAAAGGGGGAGUACCUCGAUGCAGAAUAUGCGGAAAGACUCAUAAGGGCGAAUGUUAUUUUAAAAACAAACCAUGUCCUACUUGCGGAAAAGUGAGACAUGUGGUUGCAAAUUGCCCGUAA